AUGGAUGUUUCACGCUACAGUUGGAUUUCUCUUGUUCGUGUGACAUCUCAAAUUUUUCGCUUCAAGAGUUACGUUCUACCCAAUCGUCAUCCUCAUCAAGUUUCUGGAUUUCUCACAACUUCCGAGCUUAAAAGUGCAGAGCUAAUGUGGAUCAGAGCCUUUCAACAACGCUUUCUACAGGACGAGUACAAAUAUCUCCGUUCCCGUUCAGGUGCUCGACCAGCUCUUGUGUCGCAACAUGAUCUUUUUAUCAACGAUGACGAUAUCAUCUGCUGCAAGGGCCGUCUCCAACACGCAAAUAUCAGGUCAAGUGCAAAGCACCCAUUUUUGCUUCCAAAACUCUGCGAUUUGACUACCAUGAUAGUUCUUUAUCAUCACCAACGGAUGCUCCAUUGCGGCAUUGACGCCACCUGUUCUAGUCUCCGUCAGCGGUAUUGGAUCCCAUCCAUCAAGCAGCGUGUACGAUCCAUCCUACGCAGCUGUGUAACUUGUCGUCGAGUGAGCGGAAAACCCUACAGAGCUCCAGAUCACGCCCCGCUACCAGCCUUCCGCGUUAGCGAUGCACCUCCUUUCACAGUAGUUGGAGUCGAUUUCACCGGCGCCUACCCAAUUCGAGAAAUUUCUCCCGAGGACGAUCCCAAAGCCUACAUAUGCUUAUUCACGUGUGCCAGCACACGUGCAAUUCAUCUGGAGUUGGUUGAGGAUCUUUCAGCUCGAAGCUUCCUAUUCGCUUUUAAACGAUUCGUGUCUCAUCAUUCUUUGCCUUCGAUGAUCAUCUCUGACAAUGCGACGAACUUCGAGUGUAGUGCUGAUUUCAUCACGCAGAUUUUCAAGAGCCCGGAAGUAGCCAGCAAUCUCACCAAUCAACAAGUAGAAUGGCGAUUCAUCCCGAAACGAGCACCUUGGUACGGAGGUUUCUGGGAGCGCCUGAUUGGAGUUACGAAAAUAGCCUUGGCAAAGAUGCUCGGUCGCACAAAACCAACCUUCGACGAGCUUCGAACCUUAGUCGCGGAAGCAGAAUUCGUCUUAAACGAUCGUCCAAUUGAGAAGUUGUCCGAUGACUCCCAGACUGAAGAGGCGCUUACACCAUCGCAUUUGAUGUAUGGAAGACGCUUCAGUAGCCUACCAUUCGAUCAUACUGCUGCUGAGGAAAUUCUCAACGACCCAACGUUUGAUGAAAAGCCAUCGAUCCUAACUAAAGCUGCAGCCCGUUUAGAGAAGCUACUCUGUGCCUUUCGAAAACACUUCACUACAAACUACCUUACUGCCCUACGUGAAUAUCAUCAAGCUACACGCGGUAAUCACAAAGAAAUCGUCAAAAUUGGUGACGUUGUUCUUGUGCACAAUGAGUCUCCUCGUCAUAAAUGGAAGUUGGCGGUAAUUGAAAGUCUCAUCAAAAGUAAUGAUGGUCACGUCAGGGCAGCUGAUAUCCGGACAGCGUCCGGAAAAACCAACCGCUGA